UGACGCUCCAAGAAAGAAGAAGAGCAACAGGAAAAGCAGUUGGAUGAAAGCUGGGAUGUUGAAUGACAAUGUAGAAAACCUGAUCUAUGAGCACCCACUGAAUGGGCUUGGACUGCUCAGCCUGUAGUAAGAACACUGAAGUGACAUCGGUUCUGCUCCAGUGGCGAGGCACCGAGGGUACUGGAGAUCAGCAGAGCACCUCUGUGAAUUUAAGUGAACGUAGUUGUAAGGCAGCACAAAAAGCCUGUGGAAAAACAGGGAAGCUGCACGUGGGCCCCCCGGGCUGUCGGCUGCUGCCCUCGCGGCGUGAUCACCCUCCGCACGCGCCCUACCAAAGUCUGCCUGUCCUCCACGGGGAGAGCCUCGGCUUGCCCCGCGGCCGGCCGUGCGUCUUGGGGGAAGCGAAGCCAUCACGUUGGCCUUCUUCAGACAUCUUUCAGGACAAACAGCUGGAAAAGGCGUCUGAAAGUUUCUUUCCUUCCAGACACAAAGUACAGGCCAGUGGAGCAUUACUGAGUCCCCGAGACCUCCACGCUGCGGACAGCGUCCUGGCGGGAGGGGACGUCCACCCAGCCGGCAAGCAGCAGAGGCGACGCUUUCUCCUGAGCGAGGAAGGAAAGCGGUCCCGAGACAGGGGACACGACGGGCCGGCGAGGCGGACGAGGACGGCUACCCGAGGGAGGCGAGACGGCGAGGUCAUCAAUCACGACUUAAGCUAAACAGCACUCGGAGCACAGCUGCCUGCCUGCCACUGUAAAUGGGCCUUCUGUAUGCGGAGCCCUGCUCCGGCAAGCUGGCGUCGCGAGAGGAAAAAACCUCAGCUACAAAAAUAAACAAAUCAGGUACCACAACCCUCCUCCCUGCAUUUUUUUUCCCCAAAGAAUAUGUGCUACUAAGUUUUAACCCCUUGCUGCUUGCU